AUGUCCGGAACCAAAAGACUUUAUGUGGGCAAUUUGCCAUACGUGGCACAGAAAGCAGACGUAGCAGCUUUCUUUGCAAAGCACAAUGUGGAGGUCCUCAACAUCGACAUCUCCAUCGACUCCUUCACCGGCCGCAACCCAUCCUACUGCUUCGUCGACUUCACCACGGAAGCAGCAGCCGAAACAGCAAGACAAACCCUCCAAGGCCAACUCAUUCGCGGCCGCCCCAUCAAAGUCAACAUCGACACCGGCAACCGCCAAGCCCCACGUGGUCCACGAACCGAAGGCGCCCCCUUGCCACCAGACAACCGCUACGUCUAUGACCGCUGGACUCGCAACGAUGCCCCAGACCACUGGCUCGGACCCCAAACCGAAGGCCGCCGGGUCUGGGUCGGCGGCCUACCUAUCAUGCGUACGCAGCUGGAAACCCAUGAGAUGAUGCGGGGGUUGUUUUCCGGGUGA